UCGGAGUCUGUCUUCGGAGCAGGCGGAGUGAAGAGACUUCGAAGAGCCAGCUGCCCGAUUAUUCUAUUUCCCCUCCCUCUCUCCCGCCCCAAAUCUCUCUUCACCCUUCUCCGGCCCUUGCUCGCAUAGCCAUGGCGGAGCCGUCGGCGGCCACUCAGUCACCGUCCAUCUCCUCGUCGUCCUCCGGGGCCGAGCCGUCCGCGCCCGGCGGCGGCGGCGGGAGCCCGGGAGCCUGCCCCGCCCUGGGGGCGAAGAGCUGCGGCUCCUCCUGUGCGGAUUCCUUUGUUUCUUCCUCUUCCUCUCAGCCUGUAUCUCUAUUUUCGACCUCACAAGAAGGAUUGAGCUCUCUUUGCUCUGAUGAGCCACCUUCAGAAAUUAUGACUUCUUCCUUUCUUUCAUCUUCCGAAAUACGUAACACUGACCUUACAACACUACAUGGAGAAAAAAGCGAAGUAUUAAACAGCCAGCCUUUUUUAGCCAAGAAAGGAAAAGACCACUUGGCUCUUCCAGAUAUGAAAAAGAUGGAAAAGCCUCAGGGGACCAGCAGUGACAUAGCGAACUCUACAGUUUCUCUUGCAGCAGGAGUUCAUUGUAACCAUCCUUCCGUUCCAGCCAGUUUCCCAGAGCAUUCUGCUUUUCCUUCAAAGGAAGUUGAUCAAAUAGAAGAGCAAAUAAAUAAAGACCAAGAGUCCAGGAACCCAAAUGAGGUACCGAGUAGAGAGGAUAAAACUGCAUUGGAUGCUAAUGACAGAUUCACUUUGCUAACAGCCCAGAAACCCCCGACUGAGCUGUCUAAGGCAGAAGGCAUUUGUACAUAUUCUUUGUCCCCAUCCAAAGUUUCAGGAGGUGGUGUUAUUGAAAAGGAUUCCCCUGAAUCACCAUUUGAAAUAAUUAUUGACAAAGCAGCAUUUGACAAAGAAUUUAAAGACUCAUAUAAGGAGAACACAAAUGGUUUUGGUAGCUGGUCAGCACACACUGAUGGAGAGUCAUCUGAAGACAUUUCAGAGACUAAUGACAAAGUAUUUCCACUGAGAAAUAAAGAGGCAGGGCGUUACCCAAUCUCUGCAUUGUUCACCAGACAGUUUUCACACACAACUGCAGCUCUGGAAGAGGUGUCUAGAUGUGUGAAUGAUAUGCAUAACUUUACUAAUGAAAUAUUGACUUGGGAUUUGGUUCCUCAAGUGAAACAACAGACUGAUAAAUCUUAUGACCACAUCACAAAAACUACAGGACUUGACAUGAGUAAAUGUAAUUCAGAAAUUCCAGUUGUAAGUCUUAAAACUAACACUCAUCAGAAAAUUCCUGUAUGUUCUAUUAAUGGGAACACUCCCAUCACUAAAUCAACAGGUGAUUGGACAGAAACGUCUCUUCUGCAAGAAAAUGCUAUUGUUGGAAAACCUAUACCAGAUGAUGUCAAUUCCACAAAGGAAGUCAGUAUCAAAGGUGUGCAAGGCAAUGUGCAGAAACCUGAUGGCACGCUUUCAGAGUUACCUGGGCCUCCAUUUGGGAGAUGUGUUUCUUUGGGUUCUGGAAUGGCACCAGUGAAAGCAGAUUUCCCUGAUGACCACCCGAAAGACGAAAUGAACUGGCAGAGCCCUGCAAUGGGAGAAAUCACAGAGGCUAAUAGUUCUGGUGAAUCUGAUGACACAGUAAUAGAGGAUAUUACAGCAGAUAUAUUGUUUGAAAAUAACAAAAUUCAGGCUGAAAAACCAGUUUCCAUUCUAAGUGUGGUUGUAAAAACAAAUGAAAGAGAAAUCAAAGAGAUUCCCAAUGGUAAGAGGGAAAACUUUGAAGAGUUGGUUAGUGACUCUGAGCCACUUCAAGUUCAGCCUGAUAUUCUUGGAAGGAGUCCAGUUGGUGAGGUGGCAUGUUCACAAGUACCCAAUAUGAAUGUCUCGUCAGAAGAUGUAAAUCAGUCAGAUAGCGUGAGUGAAGUUGCUCCCAAAAAGCCUGUUGCAACUGAGAACCCCACACUUUCUUCAAUAGCGUCUCCAAAUGUUUUUAAUGAGAAGGAUUCUGCCUAUUUGGAGUCAUUACAUGGGAAAAAUGUUAAAGAUAUGGAUGAUUCCUCGCCAGAGGACUUGAUAGCAGCCUUUACAGAAACCAGAGAGAAAGGAACAGUAGAUAAAGGUGAAGGAAGCGCCUUUGAAGCAAUAUCAGGGAAGAGGACAGACAUUAAAACAACUCUUCCUGUAGAAAUCUUGCAUGCAAGUGAGUCAGGUGAUUCUGAAAUUAAAGACAUCAAAAGUAAAUACAACGAACAAAGCAAAGAAACAAAUGGAAGUGAGCUUCUGAGUGUGUUCCCUACCCAAGGUUCUCCAGUAGCAUCUUUUGACUUAGAACAGGAACAGCUCACAAUCAAAGCCCUUGAAGAGUUAGGUGAAAGACAGGCUGAGAAGUCACAGCAUGUUUCUGCACAGCAUGAAAUGGAAUCUCCUUCUGAAGAAGUACUCGAGCCAACUUUCUCAUUCACUGCAGAGUCUUGGCCACAAAGAUCAUACAUCCCAGAACAUACAGAUGUCAAGACCGGAUCUGAUCUUGGGAUUUCCAGAAAGCCCCCCACUAUCAAAGAAACUACUAGGGUAGAUAUUUCCAACCUUAGCAAGACUGAACUGGUAAACAAGCAUGUCUUAGCGAGACUUCUGACAGACUUCUCAGUGCAUGAUCUGAUUUUCUGGCGAGAUGCGAAGAAGACUGGAUUUGUCUUUGGCACCACACUGAUCAUGCUGCUUUCCCUGGCAGCUUUCAGUGUCAUCAGUGUGGUUUCUUACCUCAUCCUGGCUCUUCUCUCGGUCACUAUCAGCUUCAGGGUCUACAAAUCUGUCAUCCAGGCUGUACAGAAGUCAGAAGAAGGCCAUCCAUUCAAAGCCUACCUGGAUGUAGACAUUACUCUGUCCUCGGAAGCUUUCCAUAAUUACGUGAACGCUGCCAUGGUGCACAUCAACAGGGCCCUGAAACUCAUUAUUCGUCUGUUUCUGGUGGAAGAUCUGGUUGACUCCUUGAAGCUGGCUGUCUUCAUGUGGCUCAUGACCUAUGUUGGUGCCGUUUUUAAUGGAAUCACCCUUCUGAUUCUUGCCGAACUGCUCAUUUUCAGUGUCCCAAUUGUUUAUGAGAAGUACAAGACCCAGAUUGAUCACUAUGUUGGCAUUGCCCGGGAUCAGACCAAGUCAAUUGUUGAAAAGAUCCAAGCAAAACUCCCUGGAAUCGCCAAAAAAAAGGCAGAAUAAGCAUCUGGAAACCAGAAAUGCAACAGUUACUAAAACACCAUUUAAUAGUUAUAACAUUGUACUUGUACUAUGAAGGAACAUGCUCAGUGUCAGCUUGAGCUUGCAUUCCAAGCUUUUUUUUUUUAAUUUGGUGUUUUCUCCCCUCCUUUCCCUUAACCCUCAGUAUCAAGCACAAGAAUCGCUGGACUUAAAAAAAACUUAGAACCCAAAAUAAUAAAGAAAGAAUCAAAUUCAUAGGAUAAGUCAAUACCUUAAUAGUGGUGGAGCUUUUACCUAUAGCUUGAAAAGGGAAAGAUUGGAGGUAAAAGAGAAAAUAAAAGAUAGAACACCAUCUCUUAGGUCCUUCUAUCGAACUUUCAGGACUAGUCUUACUCAGUUUCCCAUUGUAGUUUUGCCCUUGUUUUUAAAGUUAAAAAAUAAUGAUUAACUUAUGAAGAAAUUAUUUGGGGACAGGAGUGUUUUUCUUUCCUUGGGUUUUUUGCAGCCCUUGGAUCCCAUCUUCCUGCCCCACAAUGUGAGCAGCUACUCCUAAUAUUCCUCUUCUUCACUUAAUGAUAUAACUUUCAACUCUGUGAAUAACUUAGAGGUGACAGUGGUAAUUCCUGAUUCCCAGAAUGCCAUCUGAUUAAAAAAGAAUUGAAACAGAAGUCGGGUCGGAGAGGGAGUUCCAGGAGCACUGCGGUGGCCCUUACUCCACCUAGGGAAGGAAAGCUCCACCAUUUGGGAAGGUGGUUUCUGUGUCUGUUCUCUUGGACACCAGUUCUGAGGAUUAGUUUGAGGACUCAUUCCCGAACGUGCUUUCCUCCCUCUCUUCUGUCCACCUCCCCUCGAGUUUAAUAAAUAUGGUUGUACUUUUCUUAUUAUGAAAUAAAUGUCUGUAACUGCUGUACACUGCUGUAAACUUGUUAGAGAAAAAAAUAAUCUGCAUGUGGGCUCCUCAGUUAUUGAGUUAUUGUAAUCCUAUCUCAGUCUGUGGGGGGGGGGCAUUUUCAAGAAGUGAAGUACAGAAACAUAAAAAGCCUUUAUCUUGAUCUUUUCCCUACAGCUUCCUUUUUCACAUUCUGCAUCUUUAGCCUGUGUUCAUCAUUUUAGCCUAAGGACCAAAGCCAGUCUGGCUUGAGAGAUUGUGUGUGUCUGUGGUUAAAAGACCACAAAUUAGUGUAGGAAAGUGUAUUCUGUGGUUCUUUCGGAGUUUUAACUGCUUUGAGGCUAGCUUAUGGGUGUGUGUUGUUUUGAAGCUUAUUUCAUUUUCAGUCCCAUAAAACGUCCUACAAGCACCUCUGACAUGGUCCAGGGUGCUCCUUUGGAGAGUGUUUUCCAAGAAGUUUUAGGUGAGGGUGACCAGGCAGGGCCAGAUUGUGAUGGGCUCUGUGUACAAUUAAAAGGCAAGAGAACAACUCACACUGACAUCAGGUGGAGGGCAGUUGGGAAGCUUUGAUUCCCACUUGAGGUUAAGCUUCUUCCUCCCCUUCAACAUGAAAAUGUAGCAGACUUGAAAGAAAAGUCAUUUGUGCGCUCAUUCAGGUGUAACUCGGUCAUGAUCAUCCAGAGGGACAUGCACUGGUGAGUUUCAAUAAGGGCCCAAGGUACUGCAGCUGUAGAAAGUAGUGGGAGGAAAUUUGCUUUCCACUUUUUUUUUUUUUUUUUUUUUUUUGGAAAAUUACUUAGGCAUUUGGAGGGGUAAAAGGUACCCUUGCCUUACUCUAUUUUAUUUUCUUAGUCCCCUUUCCUUUUGAAUAUUGUUUAACUGAUUCACUGUUGUAGUAGGAAAUGCAUUCUCCAGUGCCAUCCUUUGCUCUCCCAGGAAGUCAAUGCACUGAUCGUCUUUUUGGGCUUCCCCUCCAAAGGACCUCUUUCUGCACUGGAAGCCUCCACGUCUAGCUCUUUUCUUUUGUUGCUGCUGUGUUUAAAUAAUUGAAGAGAUCUUUGUGCCACGCAGGCAGGAAUUUUUUUGUUUUGUUUUUAAGAAAAACCUAUAGGUGAAACAAUUACUAAUGAAACUGUGUGCGUGUCUGUGCGUGCAACAUAAAAUACAGUAGCACCUAAGGAGCUUUAAUCUUGGUUCCUGUAAAACUGCAAGUCGAUGUGGUAUUAAUAAAAAAA